AUCGCUUUCGGCGGCAUUUCAACAAUACAAAAUCUGCAUAUCGCACAUUUCGGUUUGUUUGAUUUCUUGUCCUUGUUUAUGUGGGAAACAUCUCGACUGAACCAAGCUAGUAAGUUCUGAACAAUGGAAUUGGUUGAGAGUUCUUCCUAGCCAAGCAUUGCAUCAGCAGCAGUGAACAUCGAUAGACUGGGUAAAUUGUGUUGCAAUUGCUAAUUAUUUGUGUAGAAUGGCUGCAACUGAGAAGGAGAUGAUAGGUGGAUGCUGUGUGUGUUCUGACGAGAGAGGAUGGCAAUACAACAAGCUGGUGUACUGCGAUGGGCCAGACUGUAAUGUAGCCGUGCACCAGGUAUGCUAUGGUAUUCGCAAAGUUCCUGCGGGUGAAUGGUUGUGUCGUAGGUGUGACUUUCAAAGUCGUGGAAUAGCAGUGUCGGGCUGUGAGCUAUGCCCAUCGAAAGAAGGAGCGUUCAAACCCACCGAGUCUAACAAAUGGGCGCACGUGGUAUGUGCUCUGUACAUCCCAGAGGUUUCAUUUGGUAGCGAUACAACUAUGGAGCCGGUUAAUAUCAACAAAGUACCCAAACAUCGUUUUCAGCAAGUUUGUCAUCUUUGUAAUGUAGCUAAUCGAGGUGCUUGCAUCAAGUGUGUGCACAAGGCAUGCACCAAGUACUUCCACGUGACCUGCUGCCAAACUGUGGGUCUGCUCGCCGAGGAAGCAUCCGGUCUCAACAGUGUACGUUACAUCGGAUACUGCGAGGAACACUGGCCGUAUCAACAUCUGCGAGGUAUGCUGGCACCCAAGGAAGCUAAGGCGUGCGGAAUGCAAGUGGACAUUGGAUCAGAUGAGGAAGGUGCAGUGGCACUGGCUAUGCCGAAUGGUGAGUCUUCAGAGAUUGGCCCUGUUGAUGCUGCUGCUGUUGCCACCGCUGUUCCUCCUCCUAUUCUGAACAGCAACGUGGAAGCAACGCCCGUAACACCAUCGUCUGCGAAGAGCACAGUGAGCGCUCCCAAGCGACGGAAUAGCAGAGAAAUAGCUAAAGCAACAACUCCUAAAACAACGAAACCAAGGGAGAGGAAGCCGAAAGCGACCGAGCCGAAGAAAGACUCGGCAAAGAAGCCGCGGACUCCAACCACAGCACGAGCACCGCGUCCACGGAAACGCAAGGAUACGGCAAAAACAUCGCCCGGUGGCACUGACAGUCCAGCCGCAAUACCGGUGGACACAGCUUUGACCGGUUUGGACUCUGUGACAAAGAAUGUAGAUGGGGUUGACUUGAUGAUGUCACCAGUGCUCACUGAGAAGGGAAACGUGCAGAAUGUGGACAUUCUGUCUGAUGUUGCACAAACCAUGAUUAGUCUGGCUGGUGGGGCAAGUAGCACAGCUACGGAAGAUGCUACUCAUCCUGCUGCUGCUGCUGCUGCUGCUGCUGCUGCUGCUGCAGUGACGGCUGCAAAUGCGGAAGGUAGUAAGUCAGCUGAUGAUGUGUGUGUUGCUGGAGCAAGUCCUAAGCAAGUGUGUUCAGCCAGUGAAGUGACCGCUGCUGCUGCUGCUGCGAAAGAAACGCCUGAAGACAAUGCUGCGGAGGAAGCUAUGGAAACAGAUGGAAAUCUGGACGGUAAAGAGGUGUUGGAUGAGAGCAACUGUCCAGUGGAUGAUGCACCCUCUGGAAGCAAUGUGAGCGUGCCUCAGUGCACUCCUCACCAAGCAUCCACAACAGCGGGCAUAAAGGAUGUGGACGCUGCGAAUGAGGAAACAUCCCAGACAGCAGCAACAGCAUUGAUAUCGUCUGAGCCACCAGAGCGUGAGAAUGAUGAGGUUCUUGCUGCUCCUGCUGCUGCUGCUGCUGCUGCGAAUGGUGUGAAAGCAAGCACGUCAGCGACCUCGCUACCUUCAGCUUCUAGUGAAGUCGGCGAUGAUGUGGUAAGCGCAACAGGCACACAACCAAUAACAGCCAGUAGCUCAGGAGCACCGGGUGACGAUGAUGGCACAGGGGAUAAAGAAGCGGCGGAGGUUUCUGUUGAGACAUCCUCACUAGAUACAGCGCACUGUCAGAAGUCGCUGUCCAGCCAUCCAGAACCAAUGCACAAUCUGCUCAUGUCACAAUGGAAGCUUGGAAGCGCAUUCCUUAGAAGCCAGGCGAUGCCUAUGAAUAUCGCCGCUGUCCUCGAGGCAUUGCAGGAAAUCUCGCGUGAAAAUGAGCUAAUGGAACAGAAGAUUUCAAGCUUGGAACAGCAGCGUAACCAUCUUGUAGCUGUUAAUAGUGAGCUGGAAAAGCCUAAUGCUGUGUCUGCUGCCGCUACUCCGACUACAGCUGGCACUGCCACCGCUACUAACGCUGAUGAUGUUGGCACCUCUGCUACAUCCAAUCACUUGUCAUCACCAGUGAAGAUAGCAAGCAGCAUGUCCAGCAGCAGCUAUGUGUCAGCCACCAAUAGACCUGCACGGAGCUCACAACCACGUUGGCAUCGUGAUGCCAGUCCCACGGACACCACUGAUAAAAAUAGGUCUUCUAGCAGGAGCAACAGUUUUGCUACAAGUCCUAUUUUUGGUUCGCGGUCGCAAUCGGACAGGCGCAGCGAUCGGCAUAGUUGGGGCGAUCGCCAUUCUAGUGGUGGCAGUAGUAAUCGUCGACAUUCUCCUCACGAUCGGCGACGGCGCUCUCGUUCCAAGGAACGCGCUCACUACCACUCCUCUUCCAACACAUCGUAUCUGAGUAAUAAUAAGUCGUUACAUCGCCACUCCACCUCUUCACCUGUGCCGUCAUCGCUGCCACAGCAACACCAGCCGCAACACCAGCACCAGCUAUCUCAGCAACUAUCUCAGCAGCAGCCCAUCACGCUGCCACAUCCAGCCAUGACUCCAGCAUCGUAUGCGACCAGUGGCCAUGCUGUAGGUCAACAGCACAUGACCUACCCACCGCAGUCCACUGGGCCUGCUCUUCCGCCACCACCGCCAGUAGCACAGCAGCAGCAGCAAAUGCCUUACCAGUUAUACCCAAUGCAUGCGGCCAACCCCAAUGCUGCUCCCGUUCCACUCCAAUCACCAUUUAUCACUCAACUCCAGCAACAACAACAGCAGCAUCUUCAUCAACAGCAAGCACAACAACAGCAAGCACAACAACAGCAGGCAGCAGUAGCGGCAGCAGCGGUAGCAGCAUCACAACUUCAAUCUAAUCCAACCGCAUCACACCCUAGUGCCAGUGGCGCUGGUACAUCUCAGCUCCAACUACAGUUGCAAGCCAUGGCAAACAAUGCCGGUGGUGUAUGGCCUUCUGCGUAAUCCACUGUGCUGUGCUGAGUGGCACCUUGUUCCUUAGCCAUCUCUGACCAACAGCAGUCUGUUGCGCUGAUGUCUGUUGCCCAGCCUGCCCAACCAAAGUUUUGGCCAUGCUGUGUUGCUCAGCAACCACUAUUUGGCCUCCUGUGUUGCCAGAUCCUAGUUCACCUAUUGUUGAUUGCUGUCCUUGCAACUGAUGACAACAUGACAAGACACCAUGACAAGAUGAUUACAAGAGUUGGCUAGUCGUAUGCCGGCGCAUCAGUGCAUCCCUUCCCCGUGUACAUAGUCCUCUUCUUGUGCUUGUUAGCAUAUCCCAAUGAACUGCUACGCUGUGUGUCCAGGAGUGCGCUAUGUAUGCGUGUUUGGUCAGGCUUUCUCUGGCUUGAAUCUGUAGAGCUGACUGGUGGUGGCAUGCAGGGCUGAUGCAAUGCUGCUGCUCUCUUGCUGCUGCUGUAAUUCCCUUCUGGCACUACUCCUUGCCCUCCUUCCACAGUCCUACUACUACUACUGCUAUCUUCCUUGACACACCGACUGUAACACAACUGUACAUAGAUACAUUGGACAUGAUGCUGGUCUUCAUGUCCCCCCCCUCCCCUCCCUACACUAUGCACUGCUCCACUUUUUUUCUUUCUCUUUUUCAACUUAUUCUAUUGUUCAGUUUCCGCUGUUUUACCUUCUGUUUAUGCUGCGUCCUGGUCGAUCACCUAGCUGUGCUGUGGCUUUCUUAGUGUCUCGUCGUUGUCGUGUUCUUUCGUUUUGUUGUGUACUGCAUGCCACCUCUUCACAACUUGCUCUCACUUAUCUCAGCCGCAACUUCUUUUUUUCCUUUUUUAAGAAUGCACAAUGGCUCUUUACUGGCAGUCUCCCGUUGCUAACGCACGUGUGUGUGUGUGUGUGUAUGUGUGUGUCUGUGUGUCGUUGCUUUCGUACUCCACAUAUACUUCAUCACUAGUUUUAUACUCGCUUCCUAGCUAAUGUGUUGAUCGUUGAGUGAAGGAAUCACUGCUUGUUUAUGUGAGCUAUCGUCGGCAUAUUGCCAUAAUUGCUAAUAUGCUAUGCUGGGUGCUUCUACUGCACUUUCUGCA